UGUCGCACAGACCUCCGCCCCUGCAACCAUGCCGCCCAAACAAGGGAUAAACUCCGGAUUUUACCAUAAAAACCCUUAAGGAAGGAGAAAGGGAGUUUUAAAACUUAUUAAGAUUCAGUUUUUGAUGUAAAAAAGAAGGCAGACAGACUUCCGCAGUCCAGAAGCUGUGUGUUAGCGGUUAGCUGGAGUGUAUGGGAGUGAAGUGGAGAAGAGAGGAACAAGAGGAGGAGGUCUGAUUUGUCCAGAGGCGUUCAGCUGGAGGAGCCAUGACUGAAAGUGAGGGACAUUUCUACAGUGUACAGGUGGGAGACUCCACCUUUACAGUGCUCCAACGGUACCAGCAGCUCCGUGCUAUCGGCUCAGGGGCUCAGGGCAUCGUCUGUUCUGCUUUGGACACAGUCUUGGGCAUCCCAGUAGCUGUUAAAAAGCUCAGCCGACCUUUCCAGAACCAGACCCAUGCCAAGCGGGCCUACAGAGAACUGGUGCUGCUAAAAUGUGUCAAUCACAAAAAUAUUAUCCGUUUACUGAAUGUCUUCACCCCUCAGAAGUCCUUGGAGGAGUUUCAGGAUUUGUACCUAGUGAUGGAGCUAAUGGAUGCUAGCUUGUGUCAAGUAAUACACAUGGACCUGGACCAUGAGAGGAUGUCCUAUUUGCUGUAUCAGAUUCUGUGUGGCAUUAGACAUCUGCAUUCUGCUGGUAUCAUCCACAGGGAUCUAAAGCCCAGUAACAUAGUGGUAAAAUCCGACUGCACUUUAAAGAUCCUCGACUUUGGACUGGCCAGAACUGCCUGCACCAACUUUAUGAUGACUCCAUAUGUGGUGACCAGAUACUACAGAGCACCAGAGGUCAUAUUGGGCAUGAAGUACAAGGAGAAUGUGGAUAUUUGGUCGGUGGGCUGCAUCAUGGGUGAGAUGGUUAAAGGCAGUGUUAUAUUCCAAGGCACUGAUCAUAUUGACCAGUGGAAUAAAGUGAUCGAGGUGCUGGGUACACCCUCUCUGGACUUCAUGAACCGUCUGAUGGAGACAGUGAGGAACUACGUGAUGAACAAGCCACAGUUUCCCGGAGUCAGCUUUAGUGAGCUCUUCCCAGACUGGGCUUUUCCAUCAGAAACAGAGCACGACAAGCUGAAAACAAGUCAAGCUCGGGACCUGCUGUCAAAGAUGCUGGUAAUUGAUCCAGAGUGUCGCAUUUCUGUGCAGGAGGCCCUGAGUCAUCCUUACAUUCAUGUGUGGUAUGACCCGGCUGAGGCUGACGCGCCCCCACCUCAGAUCUCAGACAAGCAGUUGGAGGAAAGGGAACACAGCAUCGAACAGUGGAAAGAGCUAAUCUAUAAAGAGGUGAUGGACUGGGAGGAGAGAAAUAAGAACGGUGUCCUGAAGGAGGAGUGCUUAGUAGAUGGGGUGGUAAAUAGCAGUGCCACAGCUUCUCAGUCCUCCUCCAUUAACGACAUCUCGUCCAUGUCCACCGAGCAGACCCUGGCUUCAGACACUGACAGUUCCUGUGUUGAGACCAUCGCUGGGGGCCUAGAGGAGUGACGGUGAACCUCUCCACCCCACAUCACACCCUUUCUCUGUUUCGACUCAUCUUUUCCACAUUUUCUCCAGGUGCUGGUCUGGGCUGGACUGUCGGGAUGUUAAACCGAGAAGGAAACCCAUGCAGACACGGAGAACAUGCACACUCCACACAAAAGAGACCCGGACCGCCCCGACUGGGGAUCGAACCCAGGACCUUCCUGCUGUGAGGCGACACUUUUACCCAUCGAGCCACCAUGCCUCCCACAUUGACUAAACAUAAUUAUAGUCUUAUAGCUUCUGUAUGUGCAUCUUUCUUUUCAAAAUGAAUGUCACAUGAGUAAAAUGCUUGCUGUAUCACUAGUUGAAAUCUAAAACUUGAAUGUCAUAGCAACAGCAUGUGAUUGUAAAGUUUUUGAAGGAUUAAACCCAACUUAUCUGCAGUAACACAUGAACUACCAAAGAUGUAGCAAAAUUCAGGAAAUCUGAAAUGUUGCACACUGCAGCUUUUAAAAUACAUUUAGCUGUUUAGCUUAUUUUAUGCUACCACUAUUGAAGCUGGGUAGAAAAAAUGAAUGAAUGGAUGUGUAAAAUUUUAAAACGUAUUCUGUUACACUAGGCACAUGUCUUUGUUCGUAUAGUAGAUCACCAAUGCAUUCCAGUUUAAGGAAAAUGAAACGUACCCAAAGGUAAAUAUGACCGAGAAUGUUUGGAGUGCAACAACGUGAAAAAGUACGAACAAAUGCAGUGUUAAAAGUAUAGUGUAGCCCUUUGUAACAAAAUCACAUUGGUAAAUAUGAAUUAUACUGUAAUACAACCAUUUUGGCCUCAGAUAAUUCUAAAAAAGAAAACUAUAUAGACAUGUCUGUUCUUAAUGUUUUAGUCAUUUUUAUAGUCACCUUCUUGUAGCCAUGGUGUAAAAUGCACAGCAGAUUAGUACCUGCCCUUUAGCCCUAGUAUUCAUUCAUUUAUUUAUUCAUUUUGAUGUCUGUUUUAUUACUAGUCCCGUACUAGUUUAUUAUGUUUCCCGGAUGUGUUUUGCCCAAUU